AUGGCAUUGAGCGUCUCGGAAGAGGCGCUUCCGGACGGUGACGUGGACGAGGCGCGCGCCGCAGCCGCCGCUGCGUUGCUCGAAAGCGAGCUUCUCCAGAAAUCGCAGGGAAACGCGGCGGGAGAUGCGGCUGGGGAGUUGGGGAAGGGAGGAGCGGACGAGAGCAGUAUCGGAGCUGCAAACGCUGCGUCUGUAGCUGUCGCUGAGCCGCAGGCGAGCGUGACAGUUACGAAGGGGACCAAAAGGGGGAUAACAGUGAAGGGAAAGAAAGUGACAGUAGGAGGAAGAGCAGGAGGGGGAGAGAAAGCUUGGAGCGGAUCAGAGGGGGAAGGCGACUUCAGCGGGAGUGAGAGUGACAGUGGUAGUGGUAGUGAUAGUGGAGGAGAGGAGGUGUUCCGUGUGGUGUGGUCAUCGAGUGACAGCAGGAUAGACUAUCUCGGGGAGAGCACUAAGGGGGAUAUGGUGCUUCCCGAUCUGCCUGUGGACCUCGAGAAUGAGGGGCGGCUUGACCUGGACUUGGGUGCGGAUGUGGGACCCAUAGAGGAGCUCGCCAAGGCAGAGGCGGACGAGGCGGAGUUGCUGCUGGAGCAACUGGGUGUGCCUCCCCAGUUCCCCCAUGGGCUGGCGUCGCGCGGCAUCUUCUGCAGCCGCACUCUCAACCUGCGAUCGAUCACAACCAUCGGAUAUGACAUGGACUACACUCUGAUUCACUAUAACGUCAAUGCCUGGGAGGGCCGAGCCUACGACUACGCCAUGGAGAACCUCCGAGCCAAGGGGUACCCGACCGAGGGGCUGAGGUUCGACCCGGACCUGGUGAUCCGAGGGUUGGUGAUGGACAAGGCGAGUGGCAACCUGGUGAAGUGCGACCGCAAGCUGUACGGCCGUGAAUUGGUAGGCCUGAGGAAUGAGGGAAGGUGGGAGUUCCUCAACACGCUCUUCAGUGUGAGCAAGGCGGUGGUCUACAUGCAGAUGGUUGACCACCUUGACCCCUCUUUCCGUCCUUGUUUUCCUGUUCUGUGUUUUCCUGCUCCCACUACUCCCAACAGCAAGCUGUACGGCCGUGAAUUGGUGGAUCUGAGGAAUGAAGGCAGGUGGGAGUUUCUGAAUACACUGUUCAGUGUGAGCGAGGCUGUGGUCUACAUGCAGAUGGUUGACCGCCUUGACCAGGGGCUGCUGCCUGCUGAGGUGGCACCUGGCGACUACAAGACCCUUUAUUCGGUGGUGGCUAGAGCUCUCUUCCGAGCACAUGUAGAGGGUCAGCUCAAGGUGGUGGCUAGAGCUCUCUUCCGAGCACAUGUGGAGGGGCAGCUCAAGGCUGAAAUCAUCAACUCUCCAGAGAAGUUUGUGGAGCUGGACCCGGAGCUUCCCUUGGCUCUCUUAGACCAGAAGCUGGCAGGGAGGAGGCUGCUGCUGAUCACCAACUCCCAUGCCGGUUCCCCCCUCUCACCCCCGUCCAUCCUCCCCUCACCACUGUCCAUCCUCUCUCCUCCCCCUCAGGCUGAAAUCAUCAACUCGCCAGAGAAGUUUGUAGAGCUGGAUCCGGAACUUCCACUCGCUCUCCUAGACCAGAAGCUGGCGGGGAAGAGGCUGCUGCUGAUCACCAAUUCGGACUAUCAGUACACCCACCGCAUGAUGACUCACGCGUUUGACCGUUCUCCCCUCACAAAAUCGCUCUAUAAAGCUGCUGCUGCUGCUGCUGCUGCUGCUGCUGCUGCUGCUGCUGCUGCUGCUGCUGCUGCUGCUGCUGCUGCUGCUGCUGCUGCUGCUGCUGCUGCUGCUGCUGCUGCUGCUGCUGCUAAAGCGGCUGCUGAUCACCAACUCGGACUAUCAGUACACCCACCGCAUGAUGACCCAUGUGAUCAUGUGAUUGUGUCGGCUCGCAAGCCUGAGUUCUUCUCCAUGGCUCACCCGCUGUAUGAGAUCGUGACGCCUGAUGGGCUCAUGCGACCGUGCUUCAAGGCCAACUCCGCGGUGGGGGAGAUGGAGGAUGGGGAGUUGGUGAGGAGCAUGCAGCGGCUGCUAUGGAUCAUGGCGAGACUUGACGGGGAGAUUGUUCCCUUGCUCGAGACGGACGGAGCUGCUUUCAACGACAGCGGCUGCUAUGGAUCAUGGCGAGACUUGACGGGGAGAUUGUUCCCUUGCUCGAGACGGACGGAGCUGCUUUCAGUGACCGGUGGGUGUGCUGUUGGGUUCAGUGCGGUUGAAAGGUGUAGUAGUUCUGCUUCCCCCUGGGAUGGGGAUCUGGUGAGGAGCAUGCAGCGGCUGCUAUGGAUCAUGGCGAGACUUGACGGGGAGAUUGUUCCCUUGCUCGAGACGGACGGAGCUGCUUUCAACGACAGGUGGGUGUGCUGCUGGGUUCAGUGCGGUUCAAAGGUGUGA